ACGGGGCCAUCGCACGCAUUUUCGAUAUCUCGCUCCACCGCUAAUUGCGAUCUCGCGCGCAUCCCGCGAAGAGGCAUCUCGCGAAGAGUCUUGAGAUCGAGUCGGUCGUUGUCGUUGAGCAUGAAGACCCUCGGCGGCAGGACGAUGCUGAUCGGAGUCGUGCUGGUCGUCACGUGGAUCGGAAGAGCCGCGUCGCAGCUGCCUCCCGGAGUGACGGCGUGCCCGCGCACGGGCAACCUGGCGGAGUACAACGAGUGCAUCUUGAAGCAGCUGCAAGCACUGACGCCGUAUCUCGUCAAGGGGGUGCCCUCGCUGAAGCUGCCGGCGUUAGACCCGCUGUUCCUGCCGUCGCUGACGGUGGACAGGAACCUGGACUCGCUGAAAAUGAAGGCCAAUCUGACGCAGAUUCGCGUCUACGGCGCCACGAAUUACAUCGUGCGCGACUUAAAGGCAAACCCCAACGACCUCACGGUCUCGCUGACGGCUCAGCUGCCGCACGUGCACGUGAACGGCGACUACGACGUGCAGGGCAGACUGCUGCUGGUGCCUUUGACCGGGAUCGGUAACUUCAAAGGGAACUUCACCGACACCGAGGUCCGGGUGAGCGCGCAAGGGAAAGAAGUCACCGAUAAAAACGGCGUGCAGAGAAUCGAGGUGGACAACUUGGUUACUAAACUUCAUGUGGGCGACGGGAAUAUUAAACUGAAAGCUCCUCCCGUCCACACGCUAGCGGCCGACGCUGCCGCGACGUUCUUCAACUCGAACCCCCGACUAGUCCUGGACAUAGCCAGUCCAAUCAUCGAGGACACAGCCGCGACUGUGAGCAGGGCUCUGGUAGCCAGAGCGCUCAGCGUCCUGACCAAGAAGGAGCUCGUCCCCUAGUAGUUGUUAAGUGUAAUGCAGAUGUGCGAAUUAUCCGAAUUCAAUCAAGUUCAAUCGAGCCGAGUCCGAUAAGAUUUCUUUCGAUUUGAAUCCGAAUCUUUAUUGUUCGAAUCGCGCGAGAAUCGCGGAAACGUAAAUAAAUAAACUUAAGACUCGGCAAAUGAGGAUCGAUUUAGGAUCGAUUCCUGGCUGCGACAAAUAUUUUUCGCGACUCUCGCGAAAAGAGUCGAUCAACGCAAGGUUGAAGAAUUUACGUGUACGGACGAUAGGGUUCUGUAACGUUUGUAAUAAUUAUAAUUCGGAAUAGUUUGACGUGACUCCUAUAGAACGACAUUACCGCCAGCAUUGUUAAUUAAACCAAUUAAUUAAAUUGUGAGUUAAGAGCUAAAUUUCAAUUCGAUUCGAUUCGAAACGGAAAAUCCUCAAUUCGCACAUCUCUAUUAAGUAGUCGAAUUUCACUCUCGGCUCAACUUUCACAAAAAAGUAGAACGCCAAGCACAACGAUGAGGAAUAGCCGAUUCGGUGAGAUAAUUGGCAUAUACUUAACGCGCGCGCGCGCUUGUGUGUUCGCCCAUUUUAUCUUCCUCCUUUUUCAUCGUACGUCUCGCGAUUUUUCGCCGUUCGGCCGUUCGACGAAG